CUUGCAUAUAAACUGUGUUGGUCAACUGCCUCAGUUAAUGCUCACACCGAUCGAAAAUGGCGCAAAGAGUUGGGAGGAUAAAGCUGGGUUCUCAGGGACUGGAGGUGUCGGCGCAGGGGCUGGGCUGCAUGGGCAUGUCCGCUUUCUAUGGCCCUCCCAAGCCCGAAGAAGACAUGAUUGCUCUCAUCCACCACGUCGUCCACACUGCCGGCGUUACCUUCCUCGACACCUCCGACAUCUAUGGCCCUUUCACCAACGAAACUCUCCUGGGCAAGGCCCUCACGAUCACAUCCCAGCUUCGCCUCCAUCUUGUAUAUCAGAGUAAUGUUAAAUAUAAAUUCUAA